AUGGAGAUCGUCUUUCAGCAAGGGAGAGGAGAAGGCGCGAGCAGGAGCUGGGGUAGGAGCUGGGGCAGGAGCUGGGGCAGGAGCUGGGGCAGGAGCUGGGGCAGGAGCCUGGGGCAGGAGCUAGGUCAGGAGCUGGGGCAGGAGCUGGGGCAGGAGCUAGGGCAGGAGCUGGGGCAGGAGCUGGGGGAGAAGCUGGGGCAGGAGCUGGAGCAGGAGCUGGGGCAGGAGCUGGGCCAGGAGCUGGGGGAGAAGCUGGGGCAGGAGCUGGGGCAGGAGCUGGGGCAGGAGCUAGGGCAGGAGCUGGGGCAGGAGCUGGGGGAGAAGCUGGGGCAGGAGCUGGAGCAGGAGCUGGGGCAGGAGCUGGGCCAGGAGCUGGGGGAGAAGCUGGGGCAGGAGCUGGGGCAGGAGCUGGGGCAGGAGCUGGGGCAGGAGCUGGGGCAGGAGCUGGGGCAGGAGCUGGGGUAG